GACGUUUCUUCUUCUAGAUCCAAGUCUAGAAAGGCUUACUUCAAUGCACCAUCUUCUGCUAGAAGAGUCAUGAUGUCUGCUCCACUUUCAAAGGAAUUAAGAGAACAAUACGGUGUCAGAUCCAUGCCUGUCAGAAAGGAAGACCAGGUUGUCGUUGUCAGAGGUUCCAAGAAGGGCCAAGAAGGUACCAUCUCCUCUGUCUACAGAUUAAAGUUCGCCAUCCAACUCGAAAAAUUAACCAAGGAAAAGUCCAACGGUGCUUCCGUCCCAUUGAACAUCCACCCAUCUAAGGUCGUCAUCACCAAAUUACACUUGGACAAGGACAGAAAGGCUUUGAUUGCUAGAAAAGGUGGUAAGUCUGAAUAA